GGCGCCUGUCAGGUACGGAGCGGUUUAUAGUGGCCAACCAGUCAAAUACCCUCGAAGUUGACACGUAAACUAUCUGACUGCCUCUCACCGUACCGGGCUCAGCGGCACAGAAAUAUGUUUUUAAGAGGAGAGAAACCCAGUUUGUGUCGGUUGGUGAAGACGUAACGGGUACACCAGGCGCUGACGUCUUGAAUUAUUGCUGGCACAGUAGACGCCUACCGGAGGAAUGGCCAAAGAGCAAAAACAGAGCAGGGCGGAAACAUUUGUGCUGGCUGGAUCAAAUGGUCACAGUGGCCAGCAGUGGCAGACUGGCAUGAAUAACUUGGCCAGUCACUCUCCAGGCGCUAACCACAUGUCGAGGAUGGCCCGCGUUGCCUCGGAUGUAAGGCAUAAGUGUGCAGCCUACGUCCUGGCACUGAGACCGUGGAGCUUCAGUGCAUCGCUGACACCGGUGGCCCUCGGCAGCGCCUUGGCAUACAAACUGGAGGGCUCUGUGGACUUGGUCAUCCUGAUGGUGUGUGCAGUGGCUGUCCUUGUAGUCCACGGGGCAGGCAACCUUGUAAACACCUACUAUGACUUCUCCAAAGGGAUUGACCACAAGAAGAGUGAUGACAGGACUCUUGUGGAUGAAAUCUUGGAACCGCAGGAUGUUGUUAUGUUUGGAGCAUUGUUAUAUUCAUUGGGGUGCUUGUGUGCCACUCUGCUCUACUUCCUGUCUACACUUAGACUGGAGCACCUAGCCCUUAUUUACUUCGGGGGACUCUCAAGCUCUUUUUUAUACACUGGAGGCAUUGGCCUCAAAUACGUGGCCCUGGGAGACGUAGUAAUCCUCAUCACCUUCGGUCCUCUAGCAGUCAUGUUUGCCCACGCGGUGCAGGUUGGCUACCUGUCAGUGCUGCCGCUGGUGUACGCCGUCCCACUGGCCCUCAACACAGAAGCCAUCCUCCACAGCAACAACACCAGAGACAUGGACUCUGACAAGCAGGCGGGCAUCGUCACCCUGGCCAUCCUCAUAGGCCCCACGCUGUCUUACGUCCUGUAUAACCUCUUGCUUUUCGUCCCCUACGUGCUCUUUUGCAUCCUUGCCACCCGUUACACCAUCAGCAUGGCGCUGCCUCUGCUCACGCUGCCUAUGGCCUUUCCCCUGGAGAAGCAGUUCCGCAGCCGAUGCUACGCCAAGAUUCCCAAUAAGACGGCCAAGCUCAACCUCCUCAUGGGACUUUUUUACGUGUUUGGGAUUAUUCUGGCACCUCCUGGCAGCUUGCCGUUACUGUGAUUAAUUGGCUUUGAAAUUUAGUUGUUUUAAUACAGACUAGUUUAUGUACCUCUUUGUAUUUGUACAAAGCUAUUUGAAGGCUUUCACUGGCUUUAAUUUAUUGACUAAUUUAUAUGUUGAACAGAGGUUUAGUUUAGGUCCUCCUCUCUGACACUGAAGGCAUAAUCAGAUGGUUUUUUCAGUAUUAAGCCUGCUGUAAUGUGUUGGUAAAAGUAAGAAGUGUUGGUGAAAUUUUUGUAGAAGUACGCAACAUUUUUAUCAUACAAGGAGAUACAAUAAACCUACAGUUGCCAUAUUUGUUCUUCAAGACACAAGACCGAAAACCUAAAAACAUCAAUAAACCAUUAUUCUCAUAACACUCUCAACAUUGUACCCUCUGUAUGGUACGUACUGUUUUGUUGUUUUUUUUUGUUCUUUU